AUGCCGACGGUGAGCGUCGGCCGGGACCGUCUCUUCGCCGCCCUUGGUCGGACUACAGAGGAGUUCGAGGCGCUCUGCUUCGAGUUCGGCAUCGAGCUCGACGACGUGACGACGGAGAAGGCUAUUAUCAGGAAGGAGAAGCACCUGAGGACGACGGCGAGGUGGACGACGAUGACGAGGUAUGAUUUGCUAUGUCUUGAAGGAUUAGCAAGAGCUCUCCUUGUUUUCACGGGGACUGAAGCAAGCCCUGUAUUCCAAGUUUCAUCCAUCCCUCGUGGUUCAAUUCUUCAGAUGCAUGUUAAACCAGAGACUUCAAAAAUUAGGCCAUAUGUAGUUUGUGCUGUCCUAAGAGGGGUAACCUUUGAUGAAGCAAGAUACAACAGCUUCAUUGAUCUUCAAGACAAACUCCACCAAAAUAUCUGCCGGAAGAGAACUCUCGUUGCUAUUGGCACCCAUGAUCUGGACACUCUGCAAGGACCCUUCUCAUAUGAGGCUCUACCACCACAUGAAAUCAACUUUGUCCCAUUAAAGCAGUGUACCCAGUUAUCUGAUGAAUUCAACAGGACUGUAUUAUCAUUACCUCCUAUCAUCAAUGGUGCACAUUCAGCUAUCACCCUUGCAACAAGGAAUGUCUUUAUUGAAUGUACAGCUACUGACCUUACCAAAGCAAAUAUAGUGCUGAAUACAAUGGUUACCAUGUUCUCUGAGUAUUGUGAGAUUAAAUUUGAAGUGGAACGUGUUGAAGUGGUGCAUCAUGAUGGCAGGAAAACAGUUUACCCUGAUCUUUCAUGUUACAAAAUGGAUGUUUCAUUAUCUGACAUUCUUGGGCCUAUUGGCAUCUCCCAGGACGAGAAGCAGGUUGUCUGUCUUUUGAAUAAAAUGCAACUUCAAGCUGAAAGUCACUCAUUGAAGGGGGAGCCUCGCAUUUCAGUGUCUGUUCCUCCAACAAGAAGUGAUAUUCUGCAUGCCUGUGAUUUGUCGGAGGACGUUGCUAUAGCUUAUGGAUUCAACAAUGUGCCAAAAUCAAAGCCGAAGUGUAUGAAAAUAGGAGGAAGGCAACCAUUAAACAGGUUCUCAGAUAAAAUUCGUGCUGAGUUGAUCUUUACUGAAAAAUCCUUUGUGGCCAGGUUGCAAGAGCUGGUUAUAUGGAGGUGCUCACAUUUAUCUUGUCUUCACACGAAGAAAACUUUGACAUGUGAAACAGAGCAGAUGACAGAAGUAAAGCAGUCAUUAUCGCAAACCCUCGCACUUCUGAAUUCGAGGUUGUUAGAACUAGUCUGA